CCCUCUGUGUCUUUCUCUUUUUCCUGCUUUACUGGCUGUUCAGCUGUUGUGCUCAGUAACUCUUUUGUUUGCCAAAGCAUCCCUCACAUUGCUACAUGCCUGACUGGAGACAGUACCCACCAGCACCUACUUUACACCAAGACAGACAGUGUUUGCUUCCCAAGAGCUUUGGACUGAGAAGAGUUGGAGUCAAGAGAAAAACGGGAUGAAUUUGAUCAACAGGAAAGAUGACCUGUUGCUAAUUCUUGCUAAGGAUUACUUGGAUGCCUUCAAGAGUGUGUCCAAAUAUUUAUGCCUAAACUCACAAAUGGAUUCUAUGUAAAAGGGCUUAAUUUACUGGUUGAAAUUCAAGACCUGAAAGUAGUUACUUGAGAUCCCAAGAGAUGACUUUCCGCAGGCCAGCUGCCCACCCAAGGAGGGCUCCGGGCUGGAGAAGGUCAGGAGAUGAGUCCUAUUGGGAGAGCUUUACGUCAGGAGAAGAGUCUUUACCUCAAAGAUCUCUCUUUUCCCCUGCGCCUCGGCCGCAGAGCGCCAUUGAGGGGCGCCAGCUGGACUUCUGGCUGGAACAUCUCAAGACAAUGCAGAGCAAAGGCCAAUCAUCAAUUCACAAUACAUCAUUGGAUGAUCGGACUGCAUCCAUGCCUGUUCUCGAGGGACAGGCAAAAAGAAGAGCGUGGAGGCAGACGGACUUUUCUUCCUUCAGCACAGCCUCGUCUUCAUGUGGGAGCUCACCUAGCAGCCAGGAGUCCCUCCAAACUGUGUGGUUUCCCACUCCAGAGCGCAAGGGAGGCUGGGAGAAAGCUCACAUCGUGCAGUCGCCAUCAAAGGAACAAACUCAGCUCAGUAAUCUUGCUCCAGUCAAAAUUGGUUGGUUGCCAGUCCAGAGAAGAGUAAUGAUGGUGGGGAACACUUGCACCCAAAACCAGCACUUGGACGCAUCAGGUGGCCAAGUGAAACUGAAACAGCCUAUCACUCCAGCUUUUCAAAAGAAUGAUGACUCACAUUGUUCUAAAGCAGAGGUGGAGAGAAGUCACACCAGUCCCAGUGCACCGGGUGUGAAGACAAGGAGGACAACAGAUAGUGGCGCUUCUGAGGGGCCUGAAAAACAGCACUCUGCAGUAAACCAACUUCCCAGCUGGAACACUCUGAGGACAGGCUGGAAGCCCAACAGAGCGUCAGGUCUUUCAGGAGGAAAUAACUCCAAUGAACUCACCAGAGGGUUUGAAUUAGUACCCCACAAGAAAUCACAUCUGAUGACAAAAGCAAUCACAGAACCCACUAAGCAUUCACCUCUGCAUUGCACAGCUUCUGCUGAUCCAACUGGUCAUCACAGUUUACUACAAGGGUCAAAUACAACGAACACACAGAGGCCCCAUACCACUCUGCAAAGAACAAGCAACGUUCAGCCUCUAAAGGCCACUGUCUUUUAUGGGACAAACAACAGCUCAGAAUCUUCAAACAUACAGACAAGUUCAGCUGCGACCACCCUCAUCCCUCAGAACAAAGCAGGCAUCUCUUCCAUCACCAUCUCCUCCAGAAAAGUGAGCAGAUCAGCCAGCUUGCCCGGGUCCCGAUCCAGAAAGUCUCCUUCUCCUCUCCCACCAGAGUGCAAGCCCAUGGACCCAAACUCCCAGCAAGUAAGAGUGCAGAGGAAAGCUACUAUAGUGAAAGUGACAGAGCAGAGAGUUAUAUCAAGCUCUGCUCCGGACAGCAGUCAACCGGGAACCGGAUCCUCUGGCAAUGCUUUGGACACUGUGGUUCGGCGAAGAAAGGCCACAAUCAUUAAAGUGACAGAGCAUAAGGAGAGUUACAGUCCAGGCAAGAUAACACCCAGGAAUCCAGAGUACAGACACAGCUACACUGAAGGACUGUAUAAGAAUAACAGCACGCCGAGUCAAGAAAACCAUAUGGAAAACAGUAAAGUACCUGCUUAUCAUCUGAAUUCCUCACCAAGUGCAACUGUCCUAAACACAUUCUCUUUAGAUGGACAGAAAAACGAAACCCUGCACAGAUCUACACUGAAUCUUUUUCUUAAUAACCCCAAUGCCAUUGCAUUCCCUCCUUUGGAGCCUCGACCAAGGGCUGCUGGACAUAGAUCUGAGAGGCCGCAAAGACCACUGAGCUGCUACGGCAGUUUGACUGAACACUCUAAGCAGAGCAAGGAAGGUGUUUCACAAUGGUCUGACUGGAAGCGGAGCUCCGGUCUUCCACAGGACACCUCUAUCAAUCAUGUGGACUUCGACUGCCUUUUCACCAGCUCUGGAAAAACAGCGAAGGAAGCAGGUCGGCCCAUGGCCUCUGACACGCUCACACCAAACAGAAAUGAGAAAGAAAGACUGCCACCGACAGUGGAUGGAACACGCAGAGCCUCCCCAAGUCUCACUCUCAUCAAGGCCCCAGAUCCUGACUCCCAUCAGUCUCAAGAGGAAGUGCUCGCCCUCAAUGCGGCCGCGAUUAUAGCGAACAUCAAACUCCAGAGGCAGCUUAGUAAGAAGGAAACACCAAGUGGCGAUUCAGAGAGAGCCUCCACGGAUUCUCCCCGGGGAAAAGCUGAAGUGAUGGAUGAGAGAAAAUAUAUAAAUUCCAAGAAAAGCGAAGCCCGGCAUCACAAGCAUUCUUAUGCUGAAUUUAUUUCACUGAUGCCAGAUCAUGACGGGUCAACUGAGAGUGCCUCCCUUCAGGGAGCGCUGCAAAGGUGCAGACCAGUAUUCAUCAGCCGCUCCCGGGAAAGAGUGCGAACGCUGGAACGGAAGAUGCAGGAGAGGAGGGAGAGGUCGAAAGCGGGGAAGCUGGAGUGGAGAAAGGAUCAGCUCAGGCAGCUGAGGGCCCACAGUAGCACAGGGUCUACCUCCAUGAAUGAUAACCUUUCCAGACCCACAGACGGAGGUAUUUCCCAGAGAGAUGUGCAGUUCAGAUCUAAGAGGCGAGUGGCAGCUCCGUCUCUCCCCCGACAGGCUGACUGAUGCCGUCCUCGUCUGCAGACUUUUCCUUAUCUUUUGUGCUGCUACCUUUGCAUGUGAGGGCCUGAGCCCAUCAGUGAGAUCUCCUCACAGUAUCUUUUUUCGGUUGAUCUGUGAAAAACCUGUGCUCUGAAUAAAUUCCUUUGU